AUGAAAUUUCUCGCCUCCCUCAUCCCCGCCUUCUUGGCCUCCACCGCCAUCGCGGCUCCUUCCCGCCAGGAACGCGCAGCCGCCCGCUUUAACCGCCGCGAGGCCCUCCGCAACUCCAACCCGCUCCAGGCUUCCGAUCUCGAGGAACUUCGCCUCGCCAACGCCAACGAGUCCCACGUCUCCUACUCCUCCAACUGGGCGGGUGCCGUUCUCAUUGGCAGUGGUUACAAAUCCGUGACCGGUACCAUCACCGUGCCCACUCCCAAGAAGCCAUCUUCUGGAUCUUCUUCAACGCAGUACGCUGCCUCGGCCUGGGUUGGCAUCGACGGUGACACGUGCGCCAGCGCUAUUCUCCAGACUGGUGUCGAUUUCUACGUGCAGGGGUCUACCGUCAGCUUCGAUGCGUGGUAUGAGUGGUACCCCGACUACGCGUAUGACUUCUCUGGCAUCCCCAUCAAGGCAGGUGAUCAGAUCAAAAUGACUGUUACGGCGACGAGCACCAGUGCUGGAAGUGCCGUCAUUCAGAACCUGUCCACGGGCAAGACCGUGACGAAGACGUUCUCUGGUGAGAGCAACAAGCUGUGUCAGACCAAUGCUGAAUGGAUCGUGGAGGACUUCUCGUCUGGCAACAGCUUGGUGCCCUUUGCGAACUUCGGCACUGUUACAUUCACGGGCUCUUCCGUUACUACCUCCAGUGGCACCACUGGUGUUUCUGGCUCGGAGAUUCUGGACAUCAAGCAGAGCGGCACUGUUCUCACAUCGUGCUCGACGUCGGGAUCUUCUACUGUUACUUGCUCUUACACUGGUUAA